AUGUCCAAGAAGGACGAAUACUCCGAGAGGUGUGAUUGGCUUGCGUGGUCCUGGAGAGCGGCGGUGAUGUCACGGUGCCCCAGAGUAAAAGGUGGCCGCAGGACAGGCCCGUUGAGAGCGCUGCAGUGGCACCCGGAGCCGAGCCAUGGCAGAGAGGGCGUCAGUGCCAGGGGCCAGCACGAGGAAGUCACUUUCAAAAAGGCCCAGGUCAGCAGCGCUGGGAUGCAGUUCUCCUCACACCAAUCGGGUCACUACCCGACUCCCGCUCGCAGGCGGCAUCGGACCACCUUCAGCCAGGAGCAGCUGGAACACCUGGAGGCGGCUUUCAAUAAGAACCAAUACCCGGACAUCUACUGUAGAGAGGACCUCGCCAGGGUGACGAAACUUAACGAGGCGCGCAUACAGGUGUGGUUUCAGAACAGGAGAGCGAAGCACCGGAAGCAGGAACGGGCGGCGCAGAAGCCACUGCCCGCGGUCAUCCCCGGCUGCAGCGGGUUUAUGGGGGGAGUGUGUGCAGUGAGCUCCGCGGGGCGGCAGUACCAGUACAGCCACACCAUCAGCCACAUCCCCCGCUUCUCUUCGGUCAUCCCCAGCAGUUACGUCCCCGCUCCGGCCGUCAGCCAAUUCUCCUGCGCCAGCAGCCACCCGCACCUAUCGUCAGGGCCGACCCCCCCGCUGCAGCACGAAGACUGGUACAGCCCGCUGCGUGCCAUCGGUGGACCGGCACCCAGCCUGCCCCCACCCAUGCUUUCCCUGGCCUCCAUGCCUGGACUGGAGCCCCCACCACACUGGAGCUAA